CCCACCCACUAUGAUCACACUGUACGACCUUCCUGGACAUGCCGCUAAGGACGUUGCAUUUUCUCCUAAUAUGUGGAAAGCGAGAGACGCAUUGAAUAUCAAGGGUCUCACGUACAAGACCGUCUGGGUCGAGUUCCCUGAUAUUGAAGCCGUAGCGAAACAGAUCAACGCGAAAGCACUCUACGAAAGAGACGGCACGCCACUAUACACACUUCCUAUGCUCUUCAACCAUACCACCGGUGCCGCUAUCACAGACUCCUGGAACAUCGCCAGAUACCUCGACGAGACGUAUCCGACAAGACAUGUUGUGAUCCCCCGUGAGACGGCGGUAUUGCAGAAGACGUUCCUAACGGUCGUCGAGCCAAAGCUUCAGAUCGGAAUAUUUCUGUAUACGAUCAUGCAGACCCAGUCUCAGAUGAAUCCGAGGAGCAGAGAGUGGUAUAGAAAGACAAGAGAGGCAGAACUUGGUAGGACUUUGGAGGAGAUAGGGCCAGAGGGUAGCCAGGAGAGAGAAAUGUUGUGGAAGAACAUCCUAGACGUGUUUUCCCAGGUAAGCUCGUGGAUGGAAGAGAAUGAGAAAGGGUCGGUGUUCGUUUGUGGGAAAAAGCCGACAUUCGCAGAUUUCGUGAUCGGAUCGCAUUUGACUUGGGUGAAGAGGGUAUUGGGGCCACAGUCGAAGGAGUACCAGGACCUGAUGGUCGUGAAUGGAGGGAUAUGGGCGUUGCUCGCAGACGGGCUGGCUGCAUGGGAAUACGUCGACCAGGAAGGGCUCAAGCACCUUGCGUAG